AUGGCACCUCUGUAUGCGCUUCUGAGCGCCCUUCUCCUUCCAUCCUUGGGCCACAGCCACCUCUGCCACGAUGAGUUUUGCCGCGCCGCUGCUGAAGCGCAGGCUGCCAGCAUCCUCCAGAAGGAUAGCCGUCUGCAGCGGCUCGGCGCAGAGCCGCCAGAUUCCACGGCCGAGGGAUUGGACCAAACUGCUGUGGACCCUUCGCCUCCGAGCAAACGCUGGUACUGGAUCACCUUCCUUGCGGUGGUCACCCUUGGCGCCUUGACGAAUCUGUGGCCCAGCGGAUUCCUCCUCAGGCUCUUUCCAUCCUUGGCAUCGUCGAGAGGCGAGGCAAAGAGCCAUGACACCAUCACAGAGACAGCCCGCAGCGACAGCCAGUCCUCCGAUCUGCUGACGGAGAAUAGCCACCUCCUGGACCGUAGCUCGGAUCCGGAACCGGCUGAGAGCCUGCUGGCGCUGCUGCCAGACGGCAAUGAUGUCGCGAUCUGCCGCGAUGGAGUGGAUGCUCAGCCAACAACGUACGCGGAGCUUCGGCAGCAGCUCGAGGAUCAAAGCUUCGCGUCCUUCUUCCGCCGUGACGAUCGCGUGGCCCUGGUGCUGGAGAAUGGAAAAGAGAUGGCGACGUGCUUGCUGGCCGUUAUGCACCGUGCCUGCGCGGUGCCCUUGAACCCGACGUUCACAGAGGCAGAGCUCAUUCAGAGCUUCGAACAGCUGCGUGUGACCGUGGUGAUCACGACAGCAGGGCAAAGUGGCAUGGCAGCGCGUCAGGGUGCCGAGCAGCUCCGGCUGCGAACUCUAACCCUGGAGAAG